GCCCCAGUGGCUGAGCAGAGAAGGUGGACUCCCAAGAUAGACCAGGGGCCACCCAGCCUACCCGACUGGGACCUCUGCCCACCAGACAUGGCCCCAGGCCCCCUAGAUCCCCAGCCCUGUGGCGGGGCAGGGGUGCAGAGAGCCUAAACGCCCCCACCCUAGGGCCUGUACCCAGGCCCCUGACCUGGGCACGGCCAGCCUCAGGAACAGAGGCCAUGGAGACGGUUGCCCCAGCUGUGGACCUGGUGCUGGGCGCCUCGGCCUGUUGCCUGGCCUGCGUCUUUACCAACCCCCUGGAGGUGGUGAAGACGAGGCUGCAGCUGCAAGGGGAGCUGCAGGCCCGAGGCACCUACCCACGGCCCUACAGGGGCUUUUUGGCCUCAGUAGCAGCUGUGGUCCGUGCAGACGGGCUGUGUGGCCUGCAGAAGGGGCUGGCCGCCGGCCUCCUUUACCAGGGCCUCAUGAAUGGCGUCCGCUUCUACUGCUACAGCCUGGCGGGCCAGGCUGGCCUCACCCAGCAGCCUGGUGGCACGGUGGUCGCCGGCGCGGUGGCUGGGGCACUGGGAGCCUUCGUGGGGAGUCCUGCUUACUUGGUCAAAACGCAGCUGCAGGCCCAGACGGUGGCCGCGAUGGCCGUGGGGCACCAGCACCAUCACCAGAGUGUUUUGGGUGCCUUGGAGACCAUCUGGCGGCAGCAGGGCCUGGCAGGGCUAUGGCGGGGCGUGGGUGGGGCCGUGCCCAGGGUCAUGGUCGGCUCAGCCGCCCAGCUGGCCACCUUUGCCUCUGCCAAGGCCUGGGUGCAGAAGCGACAGUGGCUCCCAGAAGACAGCUGGCUGGUGGCCUUGGCUGGAGGCAUGAUCAGCAGUGUCGCCGUGGCCGCGGUCAUGACUCCCUUCGACGUGGUCAGCACACGGCUCUACAAUCAGCCCGUGGACGGAACUGGCCGAGGCCAGCUGUACGGUGGCCUCGCUGACUGCCUGGUGAAGAUCUGGAGGCAGGAGGGCCCCCUGGCCCUCUACAAGGGUCUGGGCCCAGCCUACCUGCGCCUGGGCCCCCACACCAUCCUCAGCAUGCUCUUCUGGGAUGAGCUCCGGAAACUGGCCGCGCGGAGCCAGCACCAGGGCACCUAGGCGGCAUCGCUCGUCGCCAUCUCCUGACACAGCCCGGGACCCAGGAGCGACGGCCUGCUCCGGCUGGGAAUGGCCGUCUUAGAGCAGGCCACAGGCCCAGCCCCUGCCACACGUCCGAGGAGAGUGUGGGCAGCUUCAGUCAACCCAGACCCACGGCCCGCUCGGGGCUGGAGCCGCUUGUUCUCUGUUCUCUGGCAAGUUCUCUUCCCUUUGCCUGGGUUACCUCAUCCCAGAGCCUUACCGUGAUUAUAAUAACCGCUCCGGGUCGUGACCGUCACCCCGAGUGGGGUCACUCACACGCAUCGGCUUGCUUGGUCCUCAAAUAGUGCGAGACGGUGAAAUUCUCUCGUAGCAGGGGAAGCUGAGGCCCACCAGGUGGAAAGCCACACAGCUUUGAAGGGACAGAACCAGCACUGGAACUUAGCUCUGCCCAGCCCAGACUGGUGCCUCUGGCAAGAGCCAGGACCACAGGCGCUGGAGAGCCUGCGUGUCACUGCACACACGGGGAGGCCUCGGGCUUCCAUAAAAAAGCCCCUCAAGCCAGGGGUUCAAACAACAGAUGCUGUCCACGGUCUGGGGGCUGGAAGUCCAAGGUCAAGGUGUCAGCAGGGUUGGUUUCUCUGAGCCCUCUCUCCCUGGCGGCCCAGGGUCCUCACAUGGUCUACCUUCUGUGUCUGUGUCCGAAUCCCUUCUUCUAGGGAAACUGGUCGUGCUGGACUAGCUCCCGCCCUAAUGUCCUCCUUUUAACAUAAUUACCUCUUCAGAGACCUCAUCUCCAAGUACAGUCACAGACUGGGGGUUAGAACUUCAAUGUACAAAUGUGGAGGAGGGGGAGUCAUAAUUCAGCCUGUGACAUCCACCAAGAGCUUUUACGAGGGCCUCCUAGAUGCCCAGCACUGUGGGCGUUUGCACAAAUCCUCAUGACCGUUCUGAAAGGGAGCUCUCGCAAUGCCCAUUCUUCAGGUGAGGAGAUUGAGGCCCGGGGCAAGGAAGUGACUUGCUUAGGGGAGUCGCAGAGCCAGGUGUCCUCAUCUGGGGCCCUCUCCCCUGAACUGAAGCCACACUCCCCCCGCUGAGUGUGUUCCUCAGGCCCGCGCUGACCUUUGUGCUUCAGGAAUGGAUGCCGAGUCCCUGGAAGGGACAGGACUGGCCCAGGUCAAGCAGCCUGAACCGCCUACCCCGCCACACCCCACGUCUGCUCUUCCCAGGGGUACCCCUAGCGCACACUCCAAACCAAUAAACUUUUCUACUUUGUUUACUUCAACGACUCCCUUCUGCUGGCAGCCUCCGUCUCCCCCACCCCUGAACCCCCACCCUUGGCUCUCUCUCCUCGCUCUGGGGAAGGAGGAUCCAAAAGUCUUGGGGCAGGCCAGCCGCACCCCACCGCGUCCAACCGAUGG